AUCCCAGGCAGCAUUUAAUUGCAGAGUGCAAAGGCUUUUAGUUGGGCUAAUGAGCUCAGCACCAGAGUCGAGGCGUUUCCACGCGCCCUCUGAGCAAACAGAAAACCUCAUGGAGUCCUUCACAAGAGGAGCCUCACAUGACGACUGGAUUUCAGGUGGAGGGGAGAGGGGGGAUUCUCAAAUAAUCCAGGUACUGUCGACUAUGUGAGAGAAUAUACCAGAGGCAAGAGGCAUUAAGAGGUGGAGAAAGGAGAGGCAGAGAGGGGAGGGGAGAAGACGGGAAAUACUCUGCCAGAGAGAAAGAGAGAGAGAGAGAAAGAGAGACUGAACGCCUGCAGCAGCAAAUGAGACAGAACAACGAGGCGGGAGAGGUAGAAAGAGAGACAGAGAGGGAGGGAGGUGGAGAGGGGCCCCGUCCUGGAGAGAGGGCUGUAGGGUGGCCAAAGAAGAAGGAACGAGAAAAAGUUAGGGUUGGGAAGUAUGUAAAGUCAAGAAGGUUUGAGGGAAGUGUGCAUGCAAGAUCAACAGUUAUAGCAGAAAAGAAAAGGGGAAACAACAGACAGGAAGGAAGGGGAGGGAGGAAGGAGUCUUGGGUUGAGUGUUAAAAAAACAGAAAGAGAAAAGUUUUCUUGUGGGGAGACGUAGAUGAGAAAAACAGUGAGCAAAUGAUUGGGCAGGAGUGAGCUCGGAAAGGAAACAAGGAAACAAGUUUUUUUUUUUUUUUUUACGACGUUUUCUAUUCAAGUCUACUGCCCAGUUUGGACAUGUACACAGAAGACUCAGAAACGACGGGACACCACCAAUUUUUUAACUACAACAACUCAAGCAGCCUCUGCCCCUGCCGACACUGCAUCUACUAUGACCAGCUGCAUGGGUAUCAGCAGAAAGCAUGGGCACGGAAAAAGGACCACUCAUCUUUGGGCCGCUGGAGAGAACCCCAGGCUCCAUGGGUUAAAGAUGUCGGAGGCAGCACUUUCUUGGUGGACAGAGUUGAAAGAAGUGGUCAUUUCAGCCCACAGAGGAGGCCUGUGUUUGCAGGGCCGGGCCCUUGCAGCCAGUCGGAUGACUUGAGUCAAGCCUCCCCCUGGGAGAUGAACCCUGCCCAGUGGGGCGACCCGGCGGAGCCUAGGGUGAGACAGUAUUCAUUUGUGAAAGAACAGUGUGGCUGUGUGGCAGACAGUGAAAGAGCACGCCCCUUUCACUCUGGGAUACCCCACCCUCUCCCUCAUCUUCAGGUCAAAGGUCAAGGAUACAGUCUAAGGCGGGCUGUCAGGUAUAUCACGGUGGAUGAAGAGGAGAGCUUUGGGUGUGCUCCUAAUGGCUAUCAUUUGGACCUGCACCAUCCCCAGCCGGUUCAUUCGCACAUGACAAACGGCCACUGUGGACCGAGGCGUGUGGUCUUUGAGGGAGAAGAGGAAAGAGAUGGCUAUCUGGACCAGGGCAGACCAAAGGGUGGAUCAGAGGACUAUUUUAAUGACUGUAGUGAGUCUGAUAAAGGCUUCUUCCCAACUGAAGUUCCUCAAAAGCACUGGACCCAAAGAAGACAUAAGGGAUCUGAUAGGGGAUCCGACAUUGCCUCCUCAGAAAUCUCCAAAACGACAACCAAGAAUGACCUUCACAGCAACGGUUCCGAUGUGUCGAGGCAAAGGGGGCGACAGGAGUCGGUGAGGGAUCAAAUCCGGCAAGUCGUAACAGAUCUAGAGGAAGUGUUGGGGGGUCUGAAGCAAGUUCACGUGGAAAUGAAAGAGGUUGUUGAACAGAUUGAUCGUCUCACAGCAAAUAUCGACCUCAGUGAAGAGGAGUCGUGCAGCGCUCUGGGGUCAUCCAAUAACCUUCAGGAAUCAGCUCCUUCAGGGGACUACAGGUUAGCCCCUCUCCCUCUUCACAAGCCCGCUAUGGUUGGGGUAUCGUCGCAGAGCGCUGACGAAGACCGCGUCGUGUGCAGAACCAACCCUGUCUCUCCAGUCCACAUGGCGUCUGUCGUCAAAACAAGCCACUUCACCCCAGCCGGUCUGCAGAAACAUGGUAGCCACAAAAAGCCGAGUGCGAACGGCCACCCACCUAAUCUGUAUCCCACUGGAAAUUCUAAACCCAAUGGCCAGAUUUGUCCAGAGCCUCAGCCACACACCCUCGACCCUACAGUCAUCAUUGCCAACAACACUUCCAGUGCAAGAACUCAGAAGCCUCCACCUUACCCUCAAAAUGGUCGAUGUGGGAAGGGCCCAUAUCCACCCAUUAAGCCUUUAAGGGCCCCUACCCACCCUGCAAAAGGACGUCAGAGCACCAGCAUGGUGUGAAGGAGGAGGCGGAGGGGUGGUGGUAGAUUGGUGUAGGAACCCCCCCCCUCCCCACUUAAACAGGAGGCCCAGCUGUAGAGAUUGGAGCUCAGCAAGGGACCAGACAGGGGAACAAUUCACAAUGCUGCUGAUGCCAUCGAGCCAAACUGAUGGAAACAGAGUAGGCCUGAAGGUGGGGAUAUUUCCAAGGAAAAAAACUCAAGCGUUGACCUGCUGCUGUGUUAUAUUAGCACUGGGGGGCUACCAAACCUCUCUCUGAAAUUACCCCGGAAACGUACAACUAAGACAAAGAAGACUAAAAUACGAAAAAUACAUCAACUGAAAGAAAAAUGUAUUUUCCUAUGUAUUAGAAUUUAUUUAUUUUAAUUCCCAAAAUAUCUAUUUUUAUGGCAUUUCCAGUAAGGAUAUUGCUUGAACUAGAGGUGUACAACAAACAUUGAGAUAAUAUAAGCUGUAAUUAAGCUAUUUUUGUAUCAGUUUGUUUUUUCUUCUGCUUUGGGAAUUUGAAAAGCAGAGAUUGAAUCUCAAUAAAUAGAGUUUUGCUGCACUUUUGUCACAUAAAUUAAUCAUCUGGCUUGUUCCACGGAUGCAUCAUUGAUUACUGAAUGUCUAAAUGUCUCAAUGCUUCAAAUCAAAUAAAGC